AUGAUACUACUGGGAACCUAUUUUACCGGUCAAGUGCCUUUUCAGCAAGUUUUAUUACAUGGUCUAAUUCGCGACAAGUAUGGCAAAAAAAUGUCCAAAUCUUUGGGUAAUGGAGUUGAGCCAGACGAACUUGUCAAAAAAUACGGUUGUGAUAGUUUACGACUUUUUUUAUUAGAGAAUAAUAUUUGGGGUUCCGAUUUAAUUUACAACGAAGACAAAGUAGUUGGCAUAUUAAAAAUGAUACUACUGGGAACCUAUUUUACCGGUCAAGUGCCUUUUCAGCAAGUUUUAUUACAUGGUCUAAUUCGCGACAAGUAUGGCAAAAAAAUGUCCAAAUCUUUGGGUAAUGGAGUUGAGCCAGACGAACUUGUCAAAAAAUACGGUUGUGAUAGUUUACGACUUUUUUUAUUAGAGAAUAAUAUUUGGGGUUCCGAUUUAAUUUACAACGACGGCAAAAAAAUUAUUGGCUCCACUGACCUGGCUUCUGAACUUGACCAAGUAGAAGUUUAUUAUGAUUCCGGUCAAAAGUAUGGAGUGGAGGAAUUUGAUGUACCAGUAAAAAUUCUGCAAUUAGAAGAAGAUACCGCCAAAAGUACUUAUUCGCAGGCAGAAAUUAAAUUAGAUUUUAAUCGCGCUGGUAAUCCUUUAAUUGAAUUAGUUACUGAGCCAGUUUUUCAGCAAGUUGAAACCGUUUUAAUAUUUAUUAAGCAAUUACAAAAUCUGCUCCGCUAUUUAGGUAUUUCCCAAGCCAAACUGGAGCAAGGACAGUUACGAGUUGAUUUAAAUUUUUCUCUGCAAUUAGGUGAUAAUUAUGCUACGCCGCAAAAUACUUAUCAAGGCGAUAUUCCUCCCAAUAGCCAAGUUGGACCUUGGGAAUUAGGUUAUUUAGGAGUUUUACCGAUAAUUAAUCCGGAAGUUAUUCAGUUAGGCUUGAAAUUAGCCGCCGCUUUAAAAAUGAAAAUCAGUCCUACUAUUCUUUUUGACCGGAAAAUUUACAAUUAUUUUGAUUUGCCAAAAGGUUAUCAAAUUACCCAACAAGAACUGCCUUUUGCGAAUUCUGGUUAUCUACCAAUUAUCGCCGCGAAUGAAAUUAAAAAAGUACCAGUAAAAAUUCUGCAAUUAGAAGAAGAUACCGCCAAAAGUACUUAUUCGCAGGCAGAAAUUAAAUUAGAUUUUAAUCGCGCUGGUAAUCCUUUAAUUGAAUUAGUUACUGAGCCAGUUUUUCAGCAAGUUGAAACCGUUUUAAUAUUUAUUAAGCAAUUACAAAAUCUGCUCCGCUAUUUAGGUAUUUCCCAAGCCAAACUGGAGCAAGGACAGUUACGAGUUGAUUUAAAUUUUUCUCUGCAAUUAGGUGAUAAUUAUGGUACGCCGGGUUAUGGAAUCAAAAAUCUUAAUGCGCUGGCUAAUAUUGAAAGGGCAAGAGGACAAAAAUUAUUAAAUGAUAUUGAUUUAGACAAGUGUGACAACUUGGUGGAAAUUAAGAUAUUAAGUAAUAAUUUAACUUCAAUAGAAUUUUUAGAAAAUUUACCCCACCCCAAAAAACUACAAGUUCUCAAUAUUUCUGACAACAAUAUACAACCAAUCUCCCUAGAAUUUUUAGAAAAUUUUACAAAUCUUAAAACUUUGGAUAUUGGAAAUUCGGGUUGUUAUAACCAAUUUCAUGGUUCUUUGAAACCACUAGUAAAUCUCAAAGAUCUAGAAAAAUUGAUUAUUGAUAAUACCGAUAUUGAUAGCGGAUUAGAGUAUUUGCCUAGUAGUCUCAGGGUUUUUUCUUGCAUAUCAGACCUUAGAGAAGAUGCCAAAGUCAAGUUGAUUGAAGAAGAGUUAAGAGAAUACAAAGGAGAUGUGAACGCUUGA